AUGGGCGAGGAGGCGUUACAGCAGGCGGUGGGCUCGCCUGAGCCGCCGGACGUGUCCCGCGCAGAAGCGUACUCUGCAGGAUCGUCGGCGUUGGCUGUUAGCCCGCCGGCCUGCGAGUGCGCUGCCGCCGCGGGGUCCGCAGGGGCCCUCGCGUCUGCGCCCGCUUCGGCCUUUGGGGAUCGCCCAGCCGCGGGCGCGUCCGCCCGCUGCGCGCGGAGCGGGGUGUUUUCGUGGUCGUCUUCCUUCUCUUCGUCUUCGCGUGCGACGGCGCCGUCGUCCGCGCCACCCCCCUCGCGAGUCGCCUCCUUCUCGGCGCUUUUCUUCUCCGCGGCGCCCGACGUGCGCCCCUCGCGCUUCCCCUGGAGCUGCAGGCCAGGGCGGCCGCGGAGCGGCUCGUCUCCGGUCGAAAGCGAGACCGGACGCGAGGCGCUGCGCCCGGAGCCGGCGGCGGAAGGAGACCGCGUCCCUGCGACGCCCGCAGCGAGUGCACAGCAGUCCGCAGAAGAGGAGAAAGAGCCGCAGGAGUCAGAAAGCGCCUCGGGCGCUCGGAGAGGACGCGCAGGCCGCGACACAUGCAGACGCAGCAACGUAGACACCUCGCUGUCGCCGCGGCGUGGAGGCCCGUAUCGCCGGGCGUCCGCGCCGACCGCUGGCAGGCGAGCCGAGGAGAAAGCUGAGGCGGAGCGAGCGGGAGAAGCGAAGGAUGAGCGGGGAGAGCCUCAGAGGGUAGGCAUGGCGCAGUUUUUUCGCUCGGCGCACUCCUCCUUUUCGCGGAACUCCUGUCUCCUCGCCGGCAAACCGUCCGUGAAGAAGGAGGAAGUCAUGCAUGCGAGGGGGGCGUCGGAGUCUUUCGAUGCCUCGGCGGAGUUUGAAGAUGUAGAGCGAAGGGGGGCCGGGUUUGACGGCUCCCCCCGCGACUCCUCGCGAUCCUUCUACACCGCCACCGCGUCGUCUGCCUCGUGUUCGUCCUCUUUUUCGCCUAUAGCGUCAGUGCCGGCGUCCGCGCUGGAUCGUGGCGAUGGCAAGCAGACCGACUCUGCAGUGAUCCCACCCAUUCAGCAAACGCUUUCUUCCUCUUCGCAGUUGCUCGUUCCGGCGCCUCUCGUCAAGCGCGCGUCCCGCCGCCUCAAGACAGAGCCUUCGCGGCCGGCGUCUGAGAGCAAUUUCCUCGACUUCGUCAGGCUGCGUGCCCUCCUCUGGGGGCGGCGCGACGGCGUUGGCGGCUGCGCGGCCGGACGCGGACCGCAUGCAUUCGGACCGGUCGACUUCCUCGGUGUCUUCGUCGACGACCAGCCAGGCGUCUUCUGCGCGGCAUUCGCGCGACUUCUGCACGCCGUCCGAGCGGCUUUUUGGCUGGCCAGGCUGCGAGCGCGCCUCCUUCUUCCCUUCGCUGAGCAACGCCGCAUUGCCGGUCGGUGGAGGGGGGGAGCCGGCCCCGCUCGCGCGCGGAGCACCAGCCCCGCACCCGGUCUCCUCGGCGCAGCGGGCGCGGCGCGUGCGCCGUGUGGGUUCGCCUGCGCGUAUCCUCUCGGGGCGAUGGCGCAGGCCUCCAGAGACGCGGAAAGCUCCAAGGCGCCCUCGUCGUUCGCGUCCUUCCUCCCUUCGUCGCUCUCCUUCGGCUCGGCGUUCCCGUCUCGGCGCUCUUCGCGGACUCUCGCAGCGAUGGUGUCCCGCCCGGCGGACGCCCUCUCUGCAGGCCAGGCCUGCGGCUCCGCCGUGGGAAACGGACUCACGCCGCUGCAGAGCCAAGGCAGCGUGUCGCUGACGUCGGCGUUGCUCUCAGAGAUCGUCGUGAAGCCGCUGACUGUCCGCGACACUGGCGGAGUGAACAUCGAGGUGGCGGUCGACCCCAAGAACCCCUUCCUGCUGCAGGGCACAGUCACGGGGGCGCUCUCGUAUGCGCGCGGCGGAGACUGUGUACUCCGGCGCGGGCCCUCUGCCUCGUUCCAGUCGUUGCCGGAAUCCUCGGAGUCGAAGGAAAUGAGGUCUCCGGCGGGGAUCGCUUCGUCGCAACACCAGGCUGUCCCUGCGGGCGCUUCCUCUGCCUUCACAAGUUGCGAGGAUCCCGGCGCCCUUGGCGGACUCCGGGUGGCACGGGGACAGCACGAGAGCUUGAGGCGCGUCGGGUCUCUCUCCGCGGCCGGCGCCGGCGGGGCCCGGGAGGCCGCCGGGCGGAGUGCCGGCCCCCCCGGCGGCGCGCGGCGAGAAGGGACUCGAGCUAGAGGACGAGGUGGGGCGGGAGAGCGCUGCGCUGCCUCGCAGGCGAGCGGGCCUGCAGGGGCGUCUUCCUGGAUGACUUCACUCCGUUCGGGGGCGUUUCAGCUCGGGGGCAGCAAGAAGCUGGAUCGCCGAGGGAGUGAACAGGAAGAUGGCGGCCCCAAAGCCACUCACCGUCUUCCUUCAUGCUCUUCUUUGCACAUUGCUUCGUCUUACUCGUCUCCACCGCUGUCGGUGGGGAAGUCGUCUUCGUCCUCGUGUCCGUCGCCUGUCCCUUCUUCGUCUCCCCCAACCGAGCCUGUCUCCUUUGACCCCCCCGCCUGCCUCUACGCGAGCUCCAGGUCCUCCGAAGGCGGCACGGUGACGCCGCCGCUCGUCCCGCUUGUCUCCGCGUCUAGCGCGCCUGCGGGUUCUGGCGCCAAAACCGGCGACGGCGCGGCGCUCUCGGGGGCCUCCAGCCCCGAGGGCGCGGGGUUCACCCCUGCGCAGCACGCGAGAGACGCUUACGCAGGCCUGCGGGGUGGCGCCGAGGGAGGCGUGCGGGCCCGUCGGGCUCGCACAGGCAGCUGCAAUUUGCCCUCGAAGAGCUGCGGCGGCGCGGCGGCUGCUGGCGCGCCGUCGGGCCUGUCUCCCCCUGGGGCACGCGGCGGGCCGCCGCAGGCGACGUACUACUACUUCGGAGAGACGAAGCGCAACAAGCGCCAUGGCUGGGGCAUGAUUGUGAACGACGAGCGCUGUCUCCUCGAGGCGCAGUGGGUUAACGACACGGUGCUGGGCUGGUAUGUCUGCUACCACGAGUACGCGACUGAGUUCGGCUACCGCGAGCUGAACGACGUGGCAGCGGUCUCCGUCGCCAGCGACCACAACUCAUUCAUCGUCCCUGUGCGGCCGCGACCCGUCGACACCGACGAGGACUUGGACCUGCGGGGCCCCCACCGGCCGCAAGAGACGAGCCGCGGCUGGGAGAAGAAGGCCAAGCCGGGCGAGUUCGUCGCGUGUGCGUCCUCGGCAGCCAUCGGCGACAGGACCACAUGGGGCAGGCGAAAUGCGAAGCGCAGCUCAACGGUUGCUGGAGUGAACAAAGUGAAGACGCGGCCCGCCUCUACGACACAGGGCGCCCAGGAGGGCCUGCAGAGCGGCGAAGGCGCCCGCGCGGCGCCACACCCGCCAUCGGCGGCAUCCGCGGCCGCGGGGCCUCUGGCGCACGAAGCUGCGUCAGACAGAGAAGGAGGCGAGGGCGGGCCUGCGCGGCAGGCGGACGAGGCCGAGGGCAGCCGCAAGGCAGGACGAGCUGCGGAGGUGACGGCUGCGUCGUCGCCUGCUUCGUCGGGGGCGUCCCCUGCGACGGGCUCCGCGGCUUCCGCGGCGGAGGCGCCCAAACAGAAGGGCAUGAACUGCUACCGCGCGCGUUUCGCGGACGAGGAGACUCCGACGGACCGAGUUGUGUCGCAAAUUCGGCGCGGGAAGCUCAAGCAUAAGACGAUCCACAGCGCGACAGCCUUCACCAUCACCGUGACGAAUUCCGAGGCCCCGUCCGACGAAGACCCGCUCUACGCAGCGGCCUCAGACCACUCCUCAUGUAGUGACCGCUCGGCGGAGAAGCCACGGCGGGGUGUUGGCCCUGAGGGCCGACCCGCUCUCCACUUUGUGCGAAGCAGCACGGCGGCGCCGGCCUUUCCUUCCAAGCCGUGCUCUGCCUCGAUAGACAACACGGGGAGCCAGAAUGCAGCCGACGACUUCGAAGUCGAGCGCCCCGAAGUGAACUCCGUCGUCUCCCUGCAGACGACGGCGGCAUCGGGCGAAGAGGAACCGAUGGCCGAGCCGAGCCUGGCGGCGAUGGCAGAUCGGAACGCGAGCCUGGCAGCGCCGCAAGUCAAGUCGAGCCCGAAACGAGUCUCUAGGCAGUCUCUCUCCGUCGCUCUCGCGGCUGCGGCGGCCCAGGCUGCGGCAGAAGUCGAGGCAAUGGGGGGCGUCGCCAGGGAGCCGAGUACGUCGUCCUUCGAAGAAGAGGAAGGGUGCGCCAGCGGGGCAAGCCUCGCCGUGCACGAGUCGCCGUCCGCGCGCUCGCCGUCGCUGUCGCCCGUGUCCGCUUCGCCUUGCUCGCCGCUUUCGAGGGACGCGUCGCUACUUGUGUCUUCGACAGCGAGCACGCAAAGCCACGCGAACAGCCGCGCGCAGGGCGCGAGAGACGAAAGGAAGACGGGCGACGGGACCCAGGGCCACCUGGAGCCGUCCCACGACUUCUCUUCGUCGUCCCUUCUGCUCUCUCACGGCGACGACGACCUGGAAGCGCUGGAGGAAGAGACAGACAGCCGGGAGAGCUCGGGGCCCCUGGACCUGCUCUCGCCGCGGCUCUCGCCGUCUCCGUCGCAGGCGCGGGAGUCUGGGAACCUCUUCCCGACGCCCACCGGCCCUGCGCGACCGUGCGGCGGAGGCGAGCGAGGCGAUCGAAGCCCGCGUGUGGAAAAGAAGGGAGCUUGGGGCGGGGCGACGGAGAGCGGCGACGAGAGCCGCCACGGGUCGGCGCGAGGCCAAGAGGAGGGCGUAGCCAGGAGGGCCUUUGAAGGCGAUGCGAAGCAAGAAACAGAGACAGCUUCGAGGCGGGAAGCCGACAGGAUGGGCGGCCGGGCACGCCAGCUGGGGACUCUUUUUUGCGGGACUCUUGACCCCGUUUCUGAGUCAAAGACGGCGUCGGCGUCGAAUUCACCCUGGUCCUUGCGGUCGUCGCGUGGGAGCGUCAGCGCCUCGACGAAUUUGUUCUUGAUUGAGGAAAGAAGCCGCGAAGAGGACGGCGAGGCGCCUUCACCCUCGGCGGCGUUCGUGCGGCAGCGCCGGCGGCCGUCGACUUGCAUUCCGUACGCGGCUUCGGCCGCGGCCAAGAAGGCCGCAGAGGUUCGGUCGGAGGACGAGGCGGCGGACGACGAGAAAACAGGCUUCGCGGCGUCGGCGUCGAGCAGCGCCUGGGGCCCGUCGCCGGCCUCGCACUGCCUCUCGGCCGAGGAGUUGGAACGGCGCAAGCGGCGUCUGCGUCGCGGCUCGACCUUCCCGGAGUUCACCACUCAGGAGAACCCGGCGGUGACUGAGACGGUCCUCUGCGAGGGCAUCAGCCGCGGCGGGGCCUGCAAGCGGCCGGGCGUCCACGAUCUGCACUUUGGCCCGGGGCCGCAUGGGCCGCACCUGCGGGCCUCCGACAGCACCAAGUGGAGCACCAACACCUUUUGCCAGUUUCUGCGCAUGGUCGGGCUCACGCGCGAGGCCUCGGUCGCGAAGCUGAACCAUUUUUACGGCGCAGACAUCCCCACGCUCACUCGCGAGAAGCUGCGCGAGGCGGGCAUUCGCGACCGCUACGUCCAGAAGUUCCUCCUCACCGUCUUCAGGUACCUCUGGUCCUGCUCGGAUCACCUCGACCCGCUCACUCCGCUGAACAGGCGUCACCUGCGUCGCCCGACGCUCGCCGGGAGGAAGCUCGCGGCGGGCGCGAGGCCCGCCGCCUCCGCCGCGCCGCUCACCUCGCCCCCGGCCUUCUCGUCUGCGGAGGAGUGCUUGCGUCUCAUCCCCGCGACCGAAGUCCGCGUGGGACGGCGCACCGGCGGCGGCGGAUACGCCACGGUUCACAAGGCGCGGUACCGAGGCAUCGACGUCGCCUGCAAAAUUUUCAAAUACACGCCGUCCUCUUGGAGCGAGGCGGCCGACCACGAGGACGCGCUCGACCGGGCCUCCGGCGGCGAGGGCCCGCGGAGCCCAGGGAAGUCGUCCGGAGAGGCACCUCUGGCGAGGCGGCUGUCGGGGACCUCUGCGGAGGGCGCCGGCGGCGCGAAUGAGAGACGAGAGGAAUUGGAGGACGCAUCACACCAUCUGGGAAAGCGAAAGUUCAGGGAGAAGGCGAAACGCCCUCCGUUCUCGUCUGUGUGCGUCGCCUGCUCGCGUCCUACGGAUGCGACUUGCGCCGCAGAAGCACCCUUUCGAGGCCUCCCUGAGGGCGACCUCCUGCCGGCGCAUCUGGCGCCGCCUGCGGACUCUCGAGGGGACAUGCGGCUGUUUGGAGCCCUGCUGCCGGCCGUCGGGGAGACGCCGUCGCCUGCAGUGCUGUCGGCUAGGAGUGAGCCCUCUGGGACGGGUGAUCGCGCACUCGAGCCAGGCGGCGGCGAGGGGGAAGCGCGGCGGAAGUCAUGGGCCGUCGACGAGGCGACAGCCUCAGCAGCGGGUCCCCACCUCGACGGAGAGCCACUGGGCGACGAAGGCUCUCUCGCAGACACUGAGCCGGCGAUGCGAGCGGAAGAAGCUGCAGCCUCAGGCGCUAGGCAUGUGGGCGGAGGGCACUCCAACGACGAGAACAAGGUGACCAGAGGCCACGACGCAGGCGAUGGCGGUGCGCGCGCGACAGAGAGAUCGCGCGGUCGCUGGAGGCCGGCCGGACAGCGUCGCGUUGCUCUGGAGGCGAGUAGCGUCUCGCGGGUGUCGGGUGACUCUGCUGCGACGGAGGUUUCAGACGACUGCAGUCAGUCCAGGCAGCCUGCCUCGUUCUCUCCACGGCGCAGCGCACCGUCGGGGCCUAACGUGAGCAGCGAGGGAUUUCGGGGCGCGCUGCCAGCCUUGAGGUCUUCGAAGCACCCGUUAGCGAGCGCGAGUCAAGAGAAGGACUUCUUCCUCUCUCCGUCCCCGUCGCGGUUCCCCGCGUCUCCGCCUUCUCCUCCCCUUUCGCCUGAGGCUGCUCAGGAAGUGGACGGCUCAGAAGGGGCGGCGUCGGCUUGCGGCUCGGCGCUUCUCACGCAGAAAGAGGAGGUGUCGAUGUCGGCGGAGACUUCGCGUGUGACAUCUUCGCCUUCAUCUUCUCCUUCUCCCCUGACUUCCGCGCGUCUCGACGAGAGGGCCGCCGGCGUCUCAGAGACUGCAGGACUCGCUGUGUCCUGCGCGUCGCUCUGUUCAUCCUCCGCGCGGUCCGAGGCCCGGCGCUUGUCCCCAGGCUUGGAGGAGAAAGCGUCGUCUUCUGAAACGUUGCCGCGGCCGCACUCGAGCUACGCGCGUCGCUUGGCCGAAGGCGAUGCCACCCCAUUCUCUUCACGGGCGGCGCCGUUCUCAAGCGAACUCGACAGCGGCGAGGAGAGCGGCGGUUGCCACCAGGCGGCGGGGCCGGUGGUCGCGGGCGGAGGCCGGGGAGGCGAGGCGUCAGCGCGCGGCGGCCGCCAGGGGCAGGUGCCCCCGGCGGGGGGCUGCGGGGUUGCGUCCGCAAGCGCCCGCUCGGAAGGAGGCCCGCGCCGGAUCUUCCCCAAGCUCGACUACUUCCGCUACUGCCCGCAGCCUCUGAAGCACCGCGACUACGAGGCGGAUAUCCUUGCCUCUCUCCAACCCCACCCCAACAUCAUCACGCUGUUCGGCCGCUGCCACCUCCGCGCGGGCGAGGAAGCGCUCAUUCUCGAGUUCUGCAACCUGGGCAGUCUCGACGCAUUCGUCUACCCGCCAGACAACGAGCGCCGAGGCGGGCGGAAGCCGUGGAAAACGCUAUCGAGACCGAAGCUCGUCCACAUCUUCCGCGACGUCGCCAAAGGCAUGGCUCACGUCCACUCCCGCCACAUCCUUCACAGAGACCUCAAACUCAGCAACAUCCUCCUCGACGGAGACACAGCCAAGGCAAGCCCCCCAACCAGGCGGCAUGCGCCUCCGGAACACUCUGUUGCGGACUUUGGUGUGGCGACGGCGUUCGUGGCGAACGACAGCCCGUCAGUUUUGGCUCUCUUUGGAAACGUAUUCUAUGCGGCGCCGGAAGUUCUGCGCGGCGACGGGUUCUACCCCGCCUCUGACGUCUGGUCCUACGGAGUGGCCUUCUGGGAGGCCUUGACCGGAAAACUGGCCUACGAAGGGUUUUCGGCGGGCUACGUCUUCACACGAGUGGCUGCGGGCACUCUGAGUCUGCGCAUCCCGUCAGACUUCCCUCCGGCCCUGCGCUGGCUGAUGGCUCGCCUCCUCGCCUUCGAGCCUUCCGAGCGGCCGUCGUUUGAGGAAGUUUCGCAGGCCUUAUGCGAACUGGAAGCGAAUGCGAUGUCUGAAGUCGAGCGAGACCUGGAUGACUUCUUCGGCUUGGGAUAG